AAUGGAAAAAAACUAUAUUGUGUUAAUAGGAGUAUCAAUAUUCUUUUUGAUUUUGUUUAUGGUGAACACAUUUAAUUAGUACGAGCAAGUAGUUGAAUAGAUAGAGUUGGAAAAAUAACCUUUUGCAAUAGAUUUGAUGGAUGUUAAAGUACCUUCAGAUUGGGAUAUUGUUAAACCAGAAAAGGAGGAGCUUGAGAAUAUGGAUGAAGAUGAAAUUGAAAUUAUUAAUGGUAAUAUAGCUUUACCAAACUGUCAAUAUUAGAAAAGAAAUUUAGCAGUGGUAUUACUAGAGAAGAACUUGGUAGAAAUGGAUGGACAUUAUUACAUAUGAUUUCAGCAACUUUGCCUGUAGAAUUUGAUGAGAAAUUCACAUUCAAAAUUAAUGUGUUUUUAAAUCUUUUGUAUUGAUUUCUAUAUAAUUUUAGUGGCUAAUUUUAUCCAUGUAAAGAAUGUGCAGGACAUUUUUUAAAUAUGACAACAAUUUUACCAUAUGAAGGAAACUCAAGAGUAGAUUUCAUGUAAUAUUUAUGUAUGCUUCAUAAUGAAGUUAAUUAGAGAUUAAAUAAAGUAUAAUAAUAAUUAUAUAAAUUAUAAGACUUUGUUCAAUUGUAGUAUAGUUCAUGAAAGAUGGGGAGGAGAUUGUGGAUGCUCAAGUAAAUUAGAAGAGAGCAUCAAAAAAUAUAGUAGAGAUUAGAAUUGAA